UCUGUAAAACAGGAUCUGGUCCUCACUCCCAAAUCGCUGUACCUGAUUGGCCGGGAGAAGGUGAAGCAGGGCCCGGACAAAGGGGCGAUUAAGGAGGUUCUGAAGAGACACAUUGAGCUGGAGAGGAUCCAGUCCGUGUCCCUCAGCACGAUGCAAGAUGACUUCAUCAUUAUCCACGAACAGCACUAUGACAGUGUCCUCGAGUCUACGUUUAAGACAGAAUUCCUCAGCCUCCUCUGCAAACGCUUCAAGGAAAAGACCCAGAAGAAGAUUCCGCUCAAGUUCAACAAUCUGCUGGAGUUCAAGGUGAAGAAGGGAGGCUGGGGCCCAUGGGCAGCGGCUGGGUCACGGCAGAUCGAGUUCCAGCCCGGUCACGGUGACUUCGCGGUCCUGAGGCCAAGCAACAAGGUGCUGCUCAUCAGCAUCGGAGCUGGGCUGCCCAAACACUCGAGACCCACCAGGAAAGACAGACGCAAGAGCACGUACAUCAAUGUGAGGCCGUACGUUCCAGGUGUCGGAGGGUCAGAGACCCCCACCGAGGGCUCGCGGUUGACCCUGGGGGACCGACUGAGCCGGGGGUUCACUGUACGCAGGCAGACCAGCAUGGAGCAGCCCACAUUGCCCCGCCAGGGGGCAAGUCCCCGAGCCCGGACCCAGCCUGCACCACAGAACCUCGACUUCAUGAACGUCCCUGAGCAGGGGGUUGCUGGCCUCCAGAGGCGAAUGUCGAUGGAUGUGAAGCCAGUGCCUGGAGGGGGCCGUGCGAAGCCACAACCGAGAGUGAGGCCCAGGCAGGCGAAGUGCCGGGCCCUGUACGCCUACGAUGCUCAGGACACUGACGAGCUCAGCUUCAACGCAGACGACAUCAUCGACAUCGUCCGGGAAGAUCCGUCGGGAUGGUGGGUCGGACGUAUCCGUGGGAAGGAAGGUCUGCUCCCCGGAAACUAUGUGGAGAAGAUCUGAGCGCGAGAGGAGAAGGGGUUGGGUACACAGCCUUCCCCCACCACCCCACCAAAUCCCAGGCCUGCAUCCCCCCCAGUGAGAACGUGCCCUCGAGCAUCGCCAGGUCUAACCCAACAACGAAGAGACAGUUUACGCAUUGGCAGAGAAUGACCUGUCCCCGAAA